GGCGACGUGUCGGCCAUCUUGUGUUGUUGAGGCUGAGGAUUGACUUGGGUUCUGAGAGACUCCUGUCCCGGACCGCAGUUGGACCAGUCUCAUAGGUUGAAUCUACAGUUUAUGUUGGUGUUAAUCUACGUAAAUUAGAGUGUUAAAAAGACCUGAAAAACGUUUGCUGAAACCUCCUACAGUGAGAUAGCAGAACUUUUGAACAGGUUUUCCCACAUACAAAAAUCAUUUUAAAAAUACGGAGAAUGGCAGCAGAAACGCAGACACUAAACUUUGGGCCUGAAUGGCUCCGUGCUCUGUCCAGUGGUGGGAGUGUCACAUCCCCUCCUCUUUCUCCAGCACUGCCAAAGUAUAAAUUAGCUGAUUAUCGUUAUGGCAGAGAAGAAAUGUUAGCACUUUUCCUUAAAGACUACAAGAUACCUUUUGACCUUCUGGAGAAAGAAUUUUUGCCUAUCCUUCAGGAGGAGCCCCUGCCACCAUUGGCUCUAGUACCCUUUACAGAAGAAGAACAGAGAAACUUUUCCAUGUCUGUAAAUAGUGCCGCUGUCCUGCGAUUGACAGGACGAGGAGGAGGAGGAGGAACAGUGGUGGGGGCUCCUAGAGGUCGAAGUUCUUCAAGAGGGCGAGGCAGAGGUAGAGGUGAAUGUGGUUUCUACCAAAGAAGUUUUGAUGAAGUAGAGGGUGUGUUCGGGCGAGGAGGUGGCAGGGAAAUGCAUAGAUCACAGAGCUGGGAAGAAAGGGGUGACAGGCGCUUUGAAAAGCCAGGAAGAAAAGAUGUAGGAAGACCAAAUUUUGAGGAAAGUGGACCAACAUCUGUGGGGAGAAAGCAUGAAUUCAUACGGUCAGAAAGUGAAAACUGGCGAAUUUUUAGAGAGGAGCAAAAUGGAGAAGAUGAAGAUGGAGGUUGGCGAUUAGCUGGAUCAAGAAGGGAUGGAGAGAGGUGGCGACCUCACAGCCCAGAUGGCCCUCGGUCUACAGGCUGGCGGGAGCACAUGGAACGCCGCCGGAGGUUUGAGUUUGAUUUUCGAGACCGAGAUGAUGAGCGGGGUUACCGAAGGGUGCGCUCUGGCAGUGGGAGCAUAGAUGAGGACAGGGACAGCUUGCCGGAAUGGUGCUUAGAGGAUGCGGAAGAGGAAAUGGGCACGUUUGACUCGUCUGGAGCAUUCCUCUCUUUAAAAAAAGUACAGAAAGAACCUAUUCCUGAAGAGCAGGAAAUGGACUUCAGGCCUGUGGAGGAGGGAGAAGAACGCUCUGACUCUGACAGCAGCCAUAAUGAAGAGGCCAAAGAACCUGAUAAGGCAAAUAGGACAGAGGGAGAGAAAACAGACAGAGCAGGAACUGAAGCUAACGAAGAAGCACCCCAAACAUCAUUAUCAUCUGCUAGACCAGGUACCCCUUCAGAUCCUCAGCCUCAAGAAGCACCACAGUUGGAAAGAAAAGAUGAACCCAAAGCUGAACAAAUAGAAAAACCUGAAGAAGAGAGUCGGACAGAAAAUAGUCUCCCAGUCAAGGUCCCCAGCAGAGGGGAUGAAACAGUGCCUACCUCUCAGCAACCCUCGACACAGCUUCCUCCAGACACAGCCUCUCCUAUCCUCAUCCUUCCACCUCCUGUUCCCACUCCUCCUUCUGCCUCACGACCAGUUGAGACAGCAGCCAUUGAGGCUCCUGGUAUGGGUAGUGUUCCCACAGAGCCAGAUGAUGAAGAGGGCCUCAAACAUUUGGAACAGCAAGCUGAGAAGAUGGUGGCUUAUCUCCAAGACAGUGCACUAGAUGAGGAAAGAUUGACAUCAAAACUGCAAGAGCACAGAGCUAAAGGAGUGUCGAUUCCACUGAUGCACGAAGCAAUGCAAAAGUGGUAUUACAAAGACCCUCAGGGGGAAAUCCAAGGUCCCUUUAACAAUCAGGAGAUGGCAGAAUGGUUUCAGGCGGGCUAUUUUACUAUGUCUUUGCUUGUGAAGAGGGCAUGUGAUGAAAGCUUCCAGCCUCUUGGAGAUAUCAUGAAAAUGUGGGGAAGGGUUCCUUUCUCACCAGGACCAGCCCCUCCUCCUCAUAUGGGAGAAUUGGACCAGGAACGCCUGACCAGACAGCAGGAACUCACUGCCUUAUACCAGAUGCAACACCUCCAGUACCAGCAGUUCUUAAUACAACAACAAUAUGCACAGGUUUUGGCUCAACAGCAGAAAGCAGCUUUGUCAUCUCAGCAGCAGCAGCAGUUGGCUCUUCUUCUUCAGCAGUUCCAAGCUCUGAAGAUGAGAAUAUCUGAUCAGAACAUCAUUCCCUCAGUAACUAGGUCUGUGUCAGUGCCAGAUACUGGCUCUAUCUGGGAGCUUCAGCCAACAGCCUCACAGCCUGCAGUUUGGGAAGGUGGUAGUGUAUGGGAUCUUCCCCUGGACACCACGACACCAGGCCCUUCCUUGGAACAGCUUCAGCAGCUAGAGAAGGCCAAAGCUGCAAAGCUAGAGCAGGAGAGAAGAGAGGCAGAAAUGAGGGCAAAAAGGGAAGAAGAGGAGAGAAAGAGGCAAGAAGAACUCCGGAGACAACAGGAGGAAAUCCUUCGGAGGCAGCAGGAGGAAGAAAGGAAAAGACGGGAAGAAGAGGAGCUGGCUAGAAGGAAGCAGGAGGAGGCUCUUCGACGCCAACGGGAGCAAGAGAUUGCACUAAGGCGGCAGCGAGAAGAGGAGGAAAGGCAGCAGCAGGAAGAAGCUCUUAGAAGACUGGAGGAGAGGCGGAGAGAGGAAGAAGAGAGGCGGAAGCAGGAAGAACUGCUUCGAAAGCAGGAAGAGGAGGCUGCCAAAUGGGCCCGGGAAGAGGAGGAAGCACAGCGUCGACUGGAGGAGAACCGGCUGCGCAUGGAAGAGGAGGCAGCCAGGCUUCGGCAUGAGGAGGAGGACCGGAAACGGAAGGAGCUGGAGCUGCAGCGGCAGAAGGAGCUGAUACGCCAGAGGCAGCAGCAGCAAGAGGCCCUCCGAAGGCUGCAGCAGCAGCAGCAGCAGCAGCAACUUGCACAGAUGAAGCUUCCUUCUUCUUCAACUUGGGGUCAGCAGUCUAAUGCAACAACAUGUCAGUCCCAGGCCACACUAUCAUUAGCUGAAAUCCAGAAGCUGGAAGAAGAACGAGAACGGCAGCUUCGAGAAGAGCAAAGGCGUCAGCAGAGGGAAUUGAUGAAAGCUCUCCAGCAGCAGCAACAGCAGCAGCAGCAGCAGAAGCUCUCUGGUUGGGGGAAUGUCAGCAAACCUGCAGGAACCACCAAGUCUCUUCUGGAGAUACAGCAGGAAGAGGCCAGGCAGAUGCAGCAGCAGCAGCAGCAGCAGCAGCAACAACAGCAGCAACAGCACCAACAGCACCAGCAAACAAACAGAGCCCGGAACAGCACACAUUCCAACCUGCACACCAGCAUUGGGAAUUCUGUCUGGGGCUCUCUAAACACGGGGCCUCCUAACCAGUGGGCAUCUGAUAUAGUCAGUAGUAUCUGGAGUAAUGCAGACACUAAAAACUCCAACAUGGGGUUUUGGGAUGAUGCAGUGAAAGAGGUGGGACCUAGAAAUUCCACAAGUAAAAAUAAAAACAACGCCAGUCUCAGUAAAUCUGUAGGUGUGUCUAACCGGCAGAAUAAGAAAGUAGAAGAAGAAGAAAAGUUGCUGAAGCUCUUUCAGGGAGUAAAUAAAGCCCAAGAUGGAUUUACCCAGUGGUGUGAACAGAUGCUUCAUGCCCUUAAUACGGCAAAUAACUUGGAUGUUCCCACGUUUGUUUCCUUCUUGAAAGAGGUAGAGUCUCCUUAUGAAGUCCAUGACUACAUCAGGGCCUAUUUAGGAGAUACUUCUGAGGCCAAGGAGUUUGCCAAGCAGUUCCUUGAGCGCCGUGCCAAACAGAAAGCCAACCAACAGCGUCAGCAGCAGCAACAGCAGCAGCAGCAGCAGCAGCAGCAGCAGCAGGACUCUGUUUGGGGCAUGAACCAUAGUACACUCCAUUCGGUAUUUCAGACCAAUCAAAGCAACAACCAACAAUCCAAUUUUGAGGCUGUGCAAAGUGGCAAGAAGAAGAAAAAACAGAAGAUGGUUCGAGCAGAUCCUAGUUUAUUAGGGUUUUCAGUCAAUGCGUCAUCAGAGCGACUCAACAUGGGUGAGAUUGAGACUCUGGAUGACUACUGAGUACCUGCCGCUGUGCCAGCCUUCCUCCUCCUGCCUAGUGACCAUGGAUUCUCCUCGUUGGACACAACACACAUUCACCAUUUGCUCUCUGUCACUCUGCAACAAAUCACAGAACCAAUCAUCUCAGGCUUUUUUUUUCCUAGCCCCUGGUGUCCAAUUAUUUUAGAUCACUCUUGGUGAGCAUCUCAGACUGUACCUAAGUGGACCAGACCCUUUGUCUUGGAGAUGGCAGUUGGGAUUGCUUCCCAGCAGGGCUGAUAAUUCGCAGCACACAUUCACUGUGCGUUGAUUUCCAUCUACUGUCUCCUGAAAGUGUGUUGGAAUCUGCCAAUAGCAGGUUAUUUUCUCUUGUCACUUUUUUUGUUCUGUUUGUUCCUUCUCCCCAUGCCUCUACCCUGCCCCCAAUACAGGCAGAGGGUCUUAACUGGUGCAGUCAUGAAGAGAGUUAAUGGUUAUGAGACAUUGGCCAGCAACAAAUGCUCCCCUGGAUGGUGACUUCACUAUUGCCAGAGCCAGGCAGAACUCUGUCUGGAGAUUGCAUGAUCAUUGCUAACUUUGGGAUUGCAUCAGAGGCCUGAGGGGGUGGGUUGUAGACUGGCUUGUUUGAUGUUGCACACCCUCACUUGUUCUUUCUGAAUAUCUUUCUGGAGAAAGGAUUCAUGUUUUCUUCAUUAGGUAAUGACUUUCCAAGCAAGCUGAGUUCUCCCCUGACAUAUUCCAACCUUACUGAACAAAGGAAACCCUAUGGCCUGGGACAGGGACUUCUAUUUUCCUUUCAUAUAAAAACUGAUUCUCCCCCCCCCCAUAAAUAUUUUUACUUCAAAGGACUAGGACCAGUUUGUUUUGGGCCCUUCUGUGAAAAUUUGUCUCGUUUAAGAGGCAUCUUUACCAUAUGUAUGAAUUUGUGUAAUUUCAACUUGGAUAGGGAUAAACUUUUGCUUCCGAUAAAAGCUGGGAAUUUCAUCUGUUCCUCAGAGCACCGUGUGUAUGUUUUGCCGUGGCCCUGAAAGAUUCUGUGUAAAGAUUCUGGGAUGGCACGCUGUUUGCCUUUUCUGAAAAGAGUGUACAAAACCUGACCAUCUUUAAGACCUUCAUCCGUGGAGACCUCUAUGCAGGAGGAUACAGUGGGAUGAGGGGCAUGGGCAAGAACAGGAGCAAGAGUCCUGCUCCUACCUGUUCACACCAAGUAGAGAUGUACGCAAGCUCUGUUUAUAGACAAACUGAUGGCCUCCACCAGACACCUGUACAACAUCACCUGGGAUGGUCAGUCGUACCUCGAGGGAGCUGUGUGCCAGCUGUGCCUGUGCAAGAGGUGCUGUGUGCUGUGUGCUGUGGUGGGCAGCUUGUAGGUGAAGCAUCUUUGGUCAGCAGUGCCUGGAGAAGGCUGGAGUUGCUCUGAGAGCAGUUUGGGUUUGGAGGAUUAUAUUUGGUUUCUAUUUUUAUUAUUUUGGAUCACCACUCUCCCUAUCCCUUCUUGCCUCGAUCCCUCCUAAAUGUGUACAAUAACUAUACAGAGACUGCUACAAACUUGUAAAUAGUUUUUGGAUCAAAUAGCAUAAGGAGCUGGGGGACCAUUAAAAAGUGAGACUCCUACUUUCCUUUGCUUUGUAAAUUCAAAGGGGGGUUGGGGAAGAGGGAUAGUUUAAAAUGUUUACAAAACUUUAAGCUCCCUCGGAACUUUUGCCAGUGUGGAGGAAAAUAAAAGAACUUAAAUGAAA